AUGCGCGAGACGAGAGUAGACGGUCAGGCGGCGGUCCCCCGAGCUCUAUUCUUCUUCUUCCUCCUCCUGGCGGCGACUCUGAACUGCUGUCUCCGGGACCGGGGAGCCCACGCGCAGACUCUUCCCCCGGAGGAAGGUGAGUUAUGCGGACGACCACUCUCCUCCGCUCUGCUCCUCCUCGCCACGGGAUCAGCUGCUCUCUCUCUCUCUCUCUCUCGUCUUCUCAAGCCCGGGGGUUGUGUUGGCGACAAUCACACAUGUUUUUCGGUUUUAAAUGGGAAGAAUAUUUUCCCUCUCGGCGCUCAUCGAGUAGGUAAAUUCUCUCGGCAGUCAGAAUUUUUUCAUAACCAUUCAGAUACAGAACCAUCUUCGAAUUGAUUCCAUUAUUCGCAAUAACGACUAUACAGGAAUUUACUUCGUUCAUCAUAUAUACAAAUAUAAAAUUAUUAUAGAUAUUUAUUAAUUUUCCCUAACUGGUUCCUCGCUCUCUCUCUCUCUCUCUGUCUCUCUCUCCCCUCCGUAUAUAUAUACAAAUAUAUGUAAUUCUUACUUAUUUCUUAUAAUAACCGCCGGGGGGAACCGCGCGAGAAACGUUCAGUCGAAGCUCUCAAGCAGAUCGCUUUAAAGCUGAAGAUAUUGGAGUGGGACUUCGACAAAGAUCCUUGCACCCAAUGGCCGAAGGAAACCAGUGACCUCUACGUCCACAAUGUCGCCUGCCAGGAAAUCACCACGACCACCACGAACGCGACCACGAAUGCGACCACGAACACCACCGCCUGGCAUGUCGUCAGCAUGUAUACCCCAGCCGCUGUCCCCUCCUGAGUGGCAUUCCCGUUAUCUGGUCUCGUCGAUGUCCGACUAUAGCUGAUUCGUUUCUGUUGGGACGAAAUUGUGCUCAGCGAAAUCAAGGGGGCUAAUCUGACCGGAGUGCUGCCGGAUGAGUUCGGCAGGCUCAGACACCUAUCCUCUUUGUACGCUUACCGUCCAAAUGUCUUGUGUUUCUUCAUUUUUUCUUUUAAAAUUUGAGGAGCUAAACGUCUCCGCUCUCAAUUUAUCCUCUGAAUCGGCGGAACUGAGCAGUGACGUCUCUCGGAACUACAUCAGUGGCUCCAUACCUGCCGCUAAUUGGACUUCCCUUCCUCUGAAAAACUUGUAAGUCACCACCAUUCUGAUCCUUACAUCCCCGUCAACGCAAAGUCGAUUUCUCUAUUCUGGGGUCUAGGUGCUAGUGGAUCUAACCAAGGUUUUUGUUGUGUACCAUUGCAGAAGCAUUCUGAUCAACCGUAUCUCGGGUGCGAUUCCGGAGGAGAUUGGAACAAUUAGAACACUUGAAAUACUGUAAUGAUUUUAUAUCCUGUUCGUAGCAACCAUUUUAUGCCCCAACCGGUGUUCUACAUUGGUAUUAGUUGCUAAUCCACAUGCUUUGUUCCUAUUGAAUGCUUUUACCUCUAGUUUCUUGGAGAGUAACUUGAUGCAAGGGCCUCUGCCUCGGAACCUCGGAAAUUUGACCAACUUGAAAAGACUGUAAGCCUCUAGUCUAUGUUAUAUUAUUCUCCAGUAAUUGCAUUGUCGUUCUUUACGUGAAUUAAAGAGAAGAAAGGAAAUUAUCGAUAGAAUGAUCGUAAAUUCUGUGACAGUUAAAGAAAAUCAGUGACAGAGCAUCACAUUAUUUCAGCCUUCUGUCUUGUAACAACUUUUCCGGUGAGCUUCCAGAAACACUGGGUAACCUGAAGAACUUGACGGACGUGUACGGUUCCUGCUCUUAUAUUUGUUGGAUUCUAUCAUGAAAUUAGGGACCAUUUUAGAAUGAAUUAUCGGUGCGGGGUAAUGUUUUUCAGUAGACUAGAUGGAACCGAGAUAUCUGGGAAGAUACCAAGCUUCAUUGGGAACUGGACCAAACUAGACAGACUGUAAGCUCACCUGUCUUUAUGUUUCUUUUCCCAGCGCGGUUUAUCAUUUGAAGAGGAUAUGCUUACUAUAUGGCAUUCUCAUUGGGUAUAGUACAUUUUUCUAAUCUCGCAGUGACAUGCAAGGAACACUUAUGGAGGGUCCAUUUCCACCCGAGUUCUCUUUAUUGCAGAGCAUAACGGAGUUGUGCGUGUGACUCUACUCUUUUCCCGUAAUCAGGGCCGUUGUCUGUGGUAGUUCAGUAUAGUGAUAAUAGAUAUGUUGGCUUUCCUUUUGUAGGAGAGUCUCUGACCUGAAAAAUGCGGGCGGUAGCUUCCCUCCCCUUGAAAAACUGAUAAAUCUGAAACAAUUGUAAGACUGCGAAUGGCAUUUAUCCAUCCGCAUUAAUAUACUUUUGACGAUUUGUUGAUUGGUUUUCUGUGUGAACAAUGUCAGGGUCCUCCGAAAUUGCUCAAUUUCUGGCAGCAUCCCGGAUUACAUUGGCACAUUUACUAAACUGCAAACCCUGUACAGCUCCUUGAACCCAAAUGUUUGCAUAAUAUGUUGUUUAAAUGGUGAUCAUGCUUGCAUUUGAGAGUUUUGAGAUAUUUUAGGCUAAAAGUCAGUUUCUAUGAUGCCCUGAACGAGCGGUGAUAUGCUGCAUCUUUGCAUGGGUUUAGAACAUCUGCAUGUGAUUGGCAUGCUUAUGUUAGGGCUCAGCAGUUUCUUAGGGCACUACCCAGAAUAACUUUGGACUUCCUCCCAUGAUGUAUAUUCUUGAUUUGAAGCCAUCAGUGAGCAUGGAUUUGAGUACAAUCCUCUUUUUCUGGUCUGUUUAUUUCCCAAACGAAGUUUAGGCGUCGAUCUUGGCGCAUAUAUUUGAUCCAGGAACCCUUGUCUGACGAUAGUACGUACAUUGCCAUUGAUGUGGUCCUUCAUAGCGUAGUUGCUAAUUUCUCCUCUUCACCGCAGAUUGUUUAAAAAAAAGGCUGUAGUUGAAAACUUAGAUAUAUCAUAUGCCAGCAAAGAAGUCUGAUGCACAAAUUAUCAGAGGUAUGUAAAUUAAUUCAGAUCUGCACUCCAUUCUGGGGUGGAACGUACGUUAAUAAAUGAGAAUGUGGUCGUUACAAUUUUAGUGGUAUCAACCUUAGCAAUUAUUCCAUGGUAUGUACCUGCAAACAACCCUUAACAGGUUGGGAAUUUUUACUAACCUUAAUAUUAAGAACUAUUCACAGAAAAUGAAUGAUUUUUUUGGUUAAAAUUCUUGCACUCUUUUGGACUGCAAACUAGAACAAUUGUUGAUGUCAUGUUUACUUGCACACUUAUUCUGCAUCAAUGAUUUCAUCCGCUCUUCUGGACUUCAAACUAGAACAAUUUUUGAUGUCAUGUUUACUUUGCACGCUUAUUCUGCAUCAAUGAUUUCAUGCAGCCAUUGCUCAUACUUUUUGAUAAACCUGUGCUGCGGAGAUCUGAGCUUUAAUAAUUUCACGGGUGAAAUACCAGGAAACUUUGAGAAUCUUAGAAGGUUAACAACUAUGUAAGUGACUGUGUUCGCUUUACUCAAUGGUUCAACUAAAUAACCUGCCGAAAAUCAGGACAUCCAUACCUUUUUCUUUGUAUGCAAUAUUUUCGUAAUAAUUUUAUCAUAUUGCACAUUUUUAAUUUUUCAUCAUCAGGUACCUUACAAGCAACAAACUUACGGGAUCAAUACCUGAUUGGAUUAAGAGAGGCAAACAAAAUAUGUACGUUUGUCUUGCUGGAAAUUUCUUAAAUUUCAUGUCCGAAUAAGUUUUUGGUUGCGUAAGAAUCAUCUUCACAAUAUAACGUUAAAAUUUCAGAGAUAUCUCUUACAAUACAUUCACCGAUGUUUCAUCUGCGCCAGAUAACUGUGAGCAAGAAUCAACGUAAGCAUGUUUUUGUCUGGCGGACAUAUGGAAUUGAAUUCUUGUUUUUGGAAGUAAAUAAGGUUUACAUUACUUGCAGGAACUAUGUUGCCAGCUUUUCGUCGACCACAAGUGACUCGUAGGUUUCUGACAUUGUUGAAGUACAUAUUAUAUUAUGGGUAUCUCAGGUGUCCAAAUCAUUAAUUCUCUCCAUUUAACCUUUGCAGGAUAGCGUCAUGUUUAAGAAAGGACCUCCCGUGUGAUGGCACACCUAAAAGUGGGUAUAAAUCUCCUUUCUAGGAACAACUUCUUGACCUUUCAGUUGGAUUUUUUCUUUUGCGGGGUUGGAGUAAAACAACCCUAUGAUUUGAAAGUCUGACUUACGAACAUGACGUUCUCUUGAUUAAUUUUUAUUUGACUUUUUGGAAUUUCUGCAGACUAUAACCUUUUCAUAAAUUGUGGAGGCGAAAGUGUGACUGUUGACGGCAACGAAUAUGAACGUGACACAUCACCGGAAGGCGCAUAUCCAAGUUUAAGCUUUCUAGCAGCGGAAAGUGGGCUUAUAGCAGUACAGGAAACUUUAUUGGGGGAGGAAGCGACGCAUCAUUUGUAGCAGAAGCUACAUCAUUAUUGACAAUGACCAAUGCAGAAUUGUACAAAACUGCUCGUUUGAAUCCGCUCUCUCUAAAAUACUAUGGUCUAUGCUUGCAGCCAGGAAGUUAUACAGUCCAACUGCACUUUGCUGAAAUAGUUUUCACUUCUGGCCGGACAUUUGUCAACGUUGGAAGGCGUGUGUUCGAUGUAUCAAUCCAGGUCAUUUAGAUUCUUUGGACUUACAAUCUUCAUGAAUGCAUAUAGUUUAUUAUUGCUCUUAUCCUACAGACAUCCAUGAUACUGUUUUCGAUGACUUCCGGACAAUCAUUCCUGAUUAUUUUAUCCCACAAUGUCAUUCACGUUCGUCAUUUAGCGUCAUAUCUGCUGAUUCUUAUCUUUGCUUCGUUCAAACAUGCGGCUGUGAAUGAAGACAGGAUACAUGAUAUCAUUUGUUGCAUAGUAGAAAUCAUUUUUGUAACACUUUUCAAUUGUGUAUUGGUAUUCAGGUAUUCCCUUUUCUCUUUUCGUGGGUGUUUGUUUCUGAGUACUUGUGCAUUGUACUAUAGUCUUUGUCUUUCUCUCUCUAGUUGCAAAUUGGACUUGGGUUCUGUACUGCAGAUUUUUGUUUUUUGUAUUUACUUAACGAAGUUGUGUGUUUUUCCAGCUGAUUAAGCUCUCUGCUUUGAAUCAGGGAAGAAAGGUGUUAAGAGACUUUAACAUCGUAGAAGCAGCGAAUGGGACUGGUAAGGAAGUUAUCAAGAAUUUUAUUGCCCUUGUAGAGGGUAGCACAUUGGAGAUCCAUUUCAAGUGGUCUGGCAAAGGGACGAAUUCGAUUCCGUAUAGAGGUGUCUACGGGCCGCUUAUAUCAGCAAUUUCAGUAACACUGAGUAUGUACAUGAACAUGUUUUCUGCUCUCCUAUUACCAUCUGAUUGGUUGAUUCUAAUUAUUUUUUUGCAUUGUAGAUUUCACAGCUCGUGUGUUCAAGAACAAAAAGUUUCCAGUUGGCACUAUCAUUGGUAUUGCUAUCGCUUCAACAAUAUCAGUGAUGAUGAUGACCAUGGGUAUCAUAUGGUUUUGCUUCAGGAGGAAAGCCAUUAGGAACGAUGGUGAGAUUCCAUUUGAAUUUAUCUCUAAAUAUAUGGGGUACAUGAAUCGGUGUAUCUAAAGAAAUCUUUGAGGCAGAUCUGCACGAGGCAAAUUUUGACUCUUAUCCUCUGUGUCAAAAAUUAAACUAGCCGUUUUUGCUUAUGCUAUCUUUUUUUGUAUAGAUCGUUGUAGAGGAAUUCUCAUAUCUGAUGCAAACAUGGCCAAAUCUGCAGAUAUACAAUUUUUACUCGCAGUACUAUGUGCCAUCUGUGUAGAGAAUUUUAAAAUAAAGCAGCGGAACUUUCUGCAGUUUUGUUUUUCUUUUUUGCAACUUGUGGGGCUAUCAAGUGCACUUGAAUGAAAAGCGAAGAGCAUGGUGUUGAGUUUCGGAUGUCCUUAGAACGGCAUUUCAACCAAUAUGUCCAAGUGAUAUCAGAGACUGUUGUCCUGAUAUCUUUUUUAAUGGACCAUUCUUGUUAUAUAGCUCAAACGUCCUGGAUGGCCGAAAAGUUCAUCAAUCCCUAAACGGAUUGAUGUUCAAGGGGGUUCCUUCCAUAUUGCUUAGCUUGUGCACAAUCCUAGUUCUAAUGAAAAGAGUAGACUCUUAGUGUUUCUUCUGGUCGUUAACCUAGCAGUUGUUUAUGGUUUAAUCGAUGCGACGAAAGAGUGGCCAUCAGAUGGUCUGCAUUGGUAGGAGUGACGAAUAUUUAUUCUGAAGACUACUUGAGUAACAAAAAUGUACGUAGUAAUUUAUUGAGGAUACUAAAUUAAACUGAAGAGAACAUCGUACAUAGACUUCGUCAUAAUCUGAGCUUUAUUAGACAUUUUCAAGCAACCCUUAUAACUCCAAAAGUGGAUAGCUGAUGCGCAUUUGUCUGUAAGAUAAUCUCUAGCAUUGAAUUUUUAUUAUACCCAUGGUAUAUAUUGUCUUUCUCUUAAUUUUUGUGCAGAACUCAAAGCAAUGGAGUUGCGGACAAACUGUUUUAGUUUGAAGUAAAUUAAAGCUGUAACAAGGAACUUGGACCCUGCAAACAAGAUUGGUGAAGGUGGAUUUGGUCCUGUUUACAAGGUCAAGCACAUAGUCAUGAGUUCAUUCUGUUUUGUUUUGUAUCCAGAAUUUAGUCCCGGUGUAAUCUUGAGAGCCUAAUAAUAAUACACGCAUGUUGAAAACUUUCAGGGGGUUCUACCGGACGGUUCUAUGAUCGCGGUGAAGCAGCUGUCUUCCAAGUCAAAGCAAGGAAACCGGGAAUUUUUGAAUGAGAUAGGCAUGAUAUCAGCCCUACAGCACCCGAACCUCGUAAGACUUUUUGGGUGCUGCACCGAAGGGAAUCAGUUGCUGCUAAUAUACGAAUACAUGGAAAAUAACAGCCUUGCCCGAGCCCUAUAUGGUAACCAUGUUACGGUUCGGGUUCUUUGUACCUUGUGCCCGCGACUUUCUAGGAUUUACCUCUUUAGAUUCAUAUUGUGUGAGGUUAUUGCCAGUAUGGUGUGAAUGUAACAAUCACGGUGUUGACAGGUCCCGAAGGGCUGAAGUUGGAACUGGAUUAGCAGACGAGGCGUAAAAUUUGCAUAGGAAUAGCAAGGGGAUUGGCCUACCUUCACGAAGAGUCGAGGCUAAAGGUUGUUCAUAGAGACAUCAAAACGACGAAUGUCCUUCUCGAUAAGGAUCUGAACGCGAAGAUAUCGGACUUCGGACUGGCUAAACUGGACGAAGAGGAGAAUACCCACAUCAGCACCCGGAUAGCAGGGACCAUGUAAGCAAACUCUGUGUCUGAAAUAAUGGAUCUCUCGGCUGUUGGUAGAGUGAUAUAAUUCGAGUUGCAUCUCUUCAUUCGUUUUGCCGACUGUUCACAGUUGCGACUCAUGGGACCUGCAAUUGAUCAUCGAUUUAUAGUUAGAAUCAAUGCGCAGCCUUUUUUGUUGUUGUAGUAUUAUGCUCAUUUAGACAAGUUAGUUUCAAGAAUGUCGCAUUCAAAACUCUUUCUUCGUAUCUUAUUUUCGUCCUACUCGAUCCUGCCUUCAAAAGUGUUUAAGGUUACCACCUCCAUCCAACCCACCGUUCAGUUUUUCCUUCUACGACGGCUAUCGCAUCUCAGCAAUUGGUUCUUGUCAUCUGAAGGUCCCUGAAGUGGGGAAGCUCCAAUUAGUGAUUUAUUUCAAUAUGUUGGAGAUGAAAAAGACCGGUUUUUGUUUGGUGAUGCUGUCUCCUUUACGCUGACGAGCAUUUUCCUUGUUUCGUUCCAGGGGUUAUAUAGCUCCUGAAUAUGCUUUGAGAGGUUACUUGACGGACAAAGCAGAUGUUUACAGCUUUGGAGUGGUCACGUUGGAGAUUGUGAGCGGAAAGAGUAACGCCAACUGUCGCAUGAAAGAGGAUUUCAUGUACCUUCUCGAUUGGGUAUGCGACCUUCGAUAACUCUGGACGUACAAGGCCGAGUGCUCAAACCAAUUCAGGGUUAAGAGAUUUCUUAGCAAUGGUUUUUCCAUUUUUCUCAGGCCAAUGUUCUCCAGGAGAAGGGCGCCCUCCUCGACCUGGUGGACCCCGCCCUGGGUGUCAACUUCUCCACGGAGGAAGCACAGCAGAUGCUGGACCUGGCCCUCCUGUGCACCAACCUUACUCCGGCCCUUCGGCCUUCCAUGUCCACUGUGGUCGCCAUGCUCGAGGACCACACGCCCAUUCAGGCCCCGACUAUAAAGAUCACCCGGACAGAGAGCAUGGAGCAGAGGUUUAGGUCCUUGGAGACGAUCUCCCAGGAUGGGCAUAGCCAGGCCGCCACCACGGAAGGGCCGUGCUCAGAUUCCACGUUGCCUAUGUAGAGAAGCAACAGAGGAGACGACCGCUUCUACUCCACCACAACCCGGCUCCUCGGUGACUGCAAGGAUUUCCCCUGGGACAGUGGCUACUCCGAGGACGGGUCAUCCCUGGAAAGGCGUUCACAAAAGCUCUCUUGA